GGGACCCCUGCGCGCAACAAGAGCCCCCCAUGGGUGCAAUAGUGCAAGCACAGACGGCGGUGAUUGGCCAGAGGUUGAUCAGAUGGUACACUUCCCCUCUGUAUUCAGUGGCACCUCACAACCCCCCCUUUCAGCAAAAACCAAAUCUCGGAUAAAGUAAUGGCAAAACCACUUGGACUAUAAAAGACAACAAAUCAUAUUCCUCCGGAGUAUAUACACCCCGUUGUCCACCCAAUGAGUUCCUAUUUUGUUAACUCAACUUUUCCCGUGUCUCUACCGGGAGGACAGGACUCUCUCCUGGGUCAGAUACCGUUAUAUUCCUCGGGAUACACCGAUCCGUUAAGACACUACUCCAACGCGGCCACAUAUGGAGCAGCCAACAUGCAGGAGAAGGUUUACCCGGCGUCCUAUUACCAGCAGACGGGCGCAGCGGCCGCGGCCAUCUACGGAAGGGCCGGCGGCGGAGCGCCCUGCGACUACAACCCGGUCGGGACUUUCUACAAGGACGCGGAGGGCUCGUGCGCUUUCUCGAACCGCGACGACCAGCCACUGUUUGUCACUCAGGAGCAGCGCAAAGCGGAGUGCCCGGAGCAGACUGUCAGUAUGAGCAGCAGCAUCGACGACAAGUCCUCCACUCUGAUCUACCCGUGGAUGCAGAGGAUGAACGCCUGCUCCGCCGACACACCACUACAGAUUUCAAGUGCACUCUCAGGUCCUUUUGGCAACAGUGGCCGCAGGGGCCGACAGACCUACACCCGCUACCAGACUCUGGAGCUGGAGAAGGAGUUCCACUUUAACCGCUACCUGACCAGGAGGCGCCGGAUAGAGAUCUCCCACGCCCUGUGUCUGACGGAGAGACAGAUCAAAAUCUGGUUUCAGAACCGCAGGAUGAAGUGGAAAAAGGAGAACAAACUCCUCAAUCCCUCAAAGACACCCGAGGAGGAGGAACAGGCGGAGAAGAAGAGCUAAAAGGACACUGACAGAAAGGCAUGUGUGUGUGUGUUUGUGUGCACACUCCCAAAAUAAUAAAAAAAAAAGGAUGUAUUAUUUCUUUGUAGAUAAAGUGCUGCAAAUCACAUGUUAGAGACGUGUAGAGUGAUAGACUUUAUUUCAGUAUCUGCACGGUGAUAAUGUCUGCAUUAGGUUAAAAUCAGGUCCUCCUCUGUUUGUCCUUGUGCUCGUGUGUGUUUUAUUUAGGGGACUAUGCAAAAAUCCGCCAAAAUGUAAAUAAUUUUUAGUGUUUAGUUUCUGACAAUGUCGUUACCUCAUGAUCGUAGGCCUACUGAGUUUUAUUUUCUUAUUAUUUGUGUUAUUUUAUGACAUUAAAAAGAGGCUUUUUGUCCUUCCUACUGUACAUCCUGUGGUGUUAGUUGUUCUAUGAUAGUCUCUAGGCUUGUUGUUUACAGCUGUGCCAUCAACACUGACAUUUGUACAGAUGAGAAAUGUUACAUGUUAUUUAUUGUUGUUCACAUUGUGUUCAAUGCACAUCUGGAUAUUGUGUGCAAUAUUUUGUUUAGGAAAUUGUACAUAGAAAUAAAGGCUUUUUGAUGUA